AUGGAGCCGUCUACGUCCACUUCUGACUACGAGAUGCAAGCAAAAAAGGAGGAUGCACAACAGAAAGAGGAAAGGCCAAAACCAGCUCCCUCUGCCGGAAAAAUCUUCUACAAACCAGGUGUUAUCGAAGAAGAGACAGAUGUAACUAGUGUAUUUGAAAGUUCUGUGGUGGAAACUCCUAUGCUGGGCUUUAGCAGUGGGCUGUUGCGACCUCAUUCUAUACAUCCAGUUCUUGAAAGGAGGCACGAGGGCACUGAGGGAUGGUGGAGCAGACGCUUAGCUGCCAGUGAGCCGUGCGCCCGCGCCGCAAUGCACAACGACCCAGAGUCGCCCGUUAGCCGCGAGGAGUCACAUCUCCUCCCAGACGAAUGGCUCAAAGUCAAAACAGUCCCUGGGAACGGAAACCUUUCCCCGGGGGUCUACUACCCGACCGGCACCAAGAGGUUCGUCGAUCAGCGAACACCCGUGCCGUCUCCGACAGACACCCAUCCGAAUCGCUCGCACAGACACGGCCUUUCUAGAAGGUCUAGGCGCCGCGCUGUUCUUAAAAAUGGCGAAUGUAACAUUCUCAAAUCACGGAUCAGCCAGAGACGGCUCCGCUUCCUGCAGGAUAUGUUUACGACCUUCGUGGAUGCUCAAUGGAGGUGGACAUUACUGUUAUUCACUCUCUCCUUCAUAGUGUCCUGGUUGAUAUUUGCACUUAUUUGGUGGCUAAUCGCAUUCACACAUGGAGACUUAGAACCCGACCAUCUACCGGAGAUGCAGGAGUCGUCGAAUUGGAAACCGUGUGUUUUAGGAAUUUACGGCUUUACAUCCUGUUUCUUAUUCAGUAUAGAAACCCAACAUACGAUUGGUUACGGUGCUCGUACGACUACAGAAGAGUGUCCGGAAGCAAUAUUCAUAAUGUGUUUCCAAAGUAUAGUGGGAGUGACGAUUCAAGCCUUCACCGUGGGCAUAGUGUUUGCAAAGAUGACAAGGCCAAAACAAAGAACACAAACACUUCUAUUCUCUAAACAUGCAGUUAUCUGCCAGAGAGACGGAGAGCUUAGUUUAAUGUUUCGCGUAGGUGACAUGAGGAAGUCUCACAUAAUUGGUGCUAGCGUGAGAGCUCAGCUCAUCAGAUCCAGAACAACCAAAGAAGGAGAAGUUCUCUCUCAUUAUCAGACAGAGCUGGAGCUGAACGCAGAUGGUUGUGAUAGUAAUUUGUUCUUUAUUUGGCCCAUCACUAUGGUGCACAAAAUAAAUGCAGACAGUCCAUUUUAUGGUGUAUCUGCCGCUGAUAUACUGCAAGAGAAGUUCGAAAUAGUUGUAGUUUUGGAAGGUACUAUCGAGUCUACGGGGCAAACGACUCAGGCGCGCUCCAGUUACACGGCCAGUGAAAUAAUGUGGGGUCAUAGAUUUGUGCCUUUAGUGACAUAUAAUCGUGAACGUCAGGGAUACGAGGUGGACUAUUCUAAAUUCGACGACACUAUGCAAGUCGAUACUCCUCUCUGUUCGGCAAAAGAAUUGGACGAGUUUUAUGGAAGCCAGGCGGACCAUAGAUCUAUCGGAUACAUUAAUAAUAAUAGUUCAACACCAUCAAGUGGGGUUGCACCUUUACCUGUCGAACCGCUGUCAAGAAUUUCAGAUAGAUUGGUCGUUGACGCCAUCGCUAGGGCUAGUCUCACGAAUCGACCAUCUUCCAUCAAAUAUCCGGCAGAUUUCUUUGAUGCUCCACACCAGUCAUCAUCUUCUAGCGAAGAGGAGAAGAGUAAUCGCAAAUCAAAGAAGAGUAAUAAAAAGAGUUGA